UUACCUUGCAAAAAAGAGAGAAACAAAGAUGCCCAGAGGUAUAAGCCACAGUAGAGCAAUCCCAGGCAUCUCUCCGUAAGCAUCGUCAAACCCGGACAGACACCAGACCUCACGGGAAGGAAGGGACUCUUCCCGCUUGCAACGGACAAGGGGGGGAAAAAGGACGCUGUAAAGAGCCCAGAUCCACACUGCAGCACAGCCUGAGAGACAGGGCAGUACCUGGGAUGUGCAUCUUUUAUUACACUACUACACGGUGUGUCUCCACUGCACAGAUCUUUCUCCAGUGCGUAGCCCUUCAUACAUACCACAUGCAUACAAAUUUGAAACGUGAGGAAUCAUCAGUCAAGUUUGCCUUCAAGAUAGUUAAACUCUCCCAUCACUGGAAGAUUUUCUCUCUCCUCUGAAGGAUGUUGCAUUAUUGAAAGCCACUGUUCUGGCUAGGACUGCAGCACCAGAUGCAAAAUUGAAAUAACCACUGCAGCGUUGAAGAUUUGAGGGUCUUAUUCCCUUCCUGGCCCCUUUGUUUCUAUCCUCAAAGCCCAUUUCUUUCGUUCUCUUGAGAGAAAUCAUCCACUUACUCUUCCAACAAUGUUUCUGCAGAAAUGGUCGGUGCUUCUUUAUUUCACUUUCUAUUUAAGGGGACCUGUGAGCUUUUUCCUUCUCCAAGGUUGUUUGGCAAGUAAAUCGGAAGAAAGACUUUUUCGCAAACUGUUCUCCCGUUACAACCAGUACAUCAGACCUGUAGAAAAUGUGUCCUAUCCCGUGAAGGUGCAUUUUGAAGUGGCAAUUACCCAGCUUGCAAAUGUGGAUGAAGUCAAUCAGAUCAUGGAGACAAAUCUCUGGCUGCGACAUAUUUGGAAUGAUUAUAAAUUGAAAUGGAAUCCAGUGGAAUUUGGUGGAAUUGAAUUUAUCCACGUGCCGUCAGACAAAAUUUGGAAACCUGAUAUUGUGCUAUACAAUAAUGCUGUUGGAGAUUUCCAGGUUGAAGGACGGACCAAGGCUCUUCUCAGAUACGAUGGCACCAUCACCUGGAUACCACCUGCCAUUUUUAAAAGCUCCUGCCCCAUGGAUAUUACCUUCUUCCCCUUUGAUCACCAGAACUGCUCCUUAAAAUUUGGAUCGUGGACAUAUGACAAAGCCAAGAUAGAUCUUUUGAUUAUCGGUUCCAAAGUAGACAUGAAAGACCUUUGGGAGAACAAUGAAUGGGAAAUAGUCGAUGCUUCUGGCUAUAAACAUGACAUCAAGUACAACUGCUGUGAGGAAAUCUAUACGGAUAUAACCUACUCUUUUUAUAUCCGAAGGCUCCCCAUGUUUUACACCAUUAAUCUGAUUUUACCUUGCUUGUUCAUUUCAUUCCUGACUGUAUUAGUAUUUUAUCUUCCAUCUGACUGUGGAGAGAAAGUAACACUUUGUAUCUCUGUCCUUCUUUCAUUGACUGUUUUCUUGCUGGUCAUCACAGAGACAAUUCCCUCAACUUCUUUGGUCAUCCCACUAGUGGGAGAAUACUUGCUGUUCACCAUGAUAUUUGUGACACUCUCUAUUGUGGUGACAGUGUUUGUACUGAAUAUCCAUUACCGGACUCCAACUAUGCAUACAAUGCCCAACUGGGUCAAAACUGUCUUCCUUGGUCUUCUGCCCAAGUUUCUGAUGAUGAAGAGACCCACACAGAAACAUGUCGACUCCCAACCCCCCAAACCUGUGAAAGAAAGUGCCACUAAACCCAGCAAGCCCAAGGCUGAUGAGCUUGCAGAAGUGAAAGUCCUCAGUGAGAACCGCUGCUGCCACUGUGACAACUCCAAGGACACGGGGGUGAGGAAGCAAAGGAGACAGAGUGGCCAAUCUGCCAAAAGGGAGGCUGAGCCAGUCGAGUAUUCCCCAGAGGUUAAAGAAGUCAUUAACAGUGUUCAGUUCAUCGCAGAAAACAUGAGGAGUCAGAAUGAAACUAAAGAGGUAGAAGAUGACUGGAAAUAUGUCGCCAUGGUAAUCGAUAGAGUAUUUCUGUGGGUGUUCAUAAUUCUCUGUGUAUUUGGAACAGCGGGAUUAUUCCUACAACCAUUGAUAGCAGAUGUAUAAUAUAUAGGUGGUGAUUCACAUUUUGCAUGAUCCUUUUUAAUAGAAUAGUCAAACCACACAUUGGCAACAGUUUAUAGAAUAUCAGUUGUCAUCUCAAGCCAUAAGAAAAGUAUUCUCAUCACUUUAUGAUGUAUUAAGCCAGCCUUUCAGAUGGGUAGACUAACUCCCAUUAUCCACAGCCAGCAAAGCCUAUGGAGUUCCACCUCAACCUUUCUGGAGGAUAGUAGAUUGGAGAAAUCUAUGUUAAUAUACUGUAGUGGCUUUCAAAUGUUCCCUAGAUAAUCCUUUCCACACUAAUUUUCUGCUAAGAAAUUCUUGGUUACAGUGUCUGCUAUUGCACAUAUUGCUAAGAUCAACAGCAGAUUAAUGUUCAUACUGGUUUAGAUACCUGAUCCUUUCUGUAGAAUAGGGUUUUUUGCUUCAUUUGUAGAAGGAAUAAAAUAGGUCAAGAUGAAUCAGAAGAGAAUCGUCAGCUCAAACUCUCACAACCUUGUCAACAUUCCUAAACUUUUUGUAAAAAAAAAAAAAAUCCUUUAUACAAAAGCCAUUCAUUUGCAAGUAAUAAAUGAAUAAAUCACUGAGUGGUGCGGUAACUGAGAGGUGAAGAUGCUCAGCUCCCCCUCAGAAGGUUGAGAGUUAAUCCUAGGCAACGACAGAUGUUUUUCUAUCAGGGCGCAAAGAGAAAAUAGCUGCUGUGGACACUGCGUAGGCAUCAGGAAGGGCAUCUGGUCUGUAAACACUCAGCUCAACUCAAACUCCUUGACCCUAUCCAAGACAAGGGAUUAAAGGGUCAUAAAAAGAAAAAAAUGAAUAGAUUGUUGAUCAAUCUAUUGAAGUUAUCAAUAUUAACUGUUUAUUCCUGUAAGGUUAUCUAUAUAAUUAAAAUCACGCUAUCUUCCUCAACGAGAUAAACUCCAAAUAUGCUUGAUUGUAACCCACCAUCUCUAAUUUUAAUGCUAAUGGUGGGAGAUGAAAUUUAAACACUGCUGGAAGGCAUCAAGUUGAUGGACCUUGCACUCUGAAGGAUAACAGAGAAGGAGAAUAACCAGAUGUUUCUCUGAUGGUAUCUGAGGGUCACUCUUGGAAUACCUUCUAACCAACAACAGAAAGUUCACUCAACAUUAUUUGCUAUAUUUCAUAUGAAUUAAAUAUUUCUGUUGGAAGCAUAGAUAUGCUGCUAUUUUGUUUUUGGUAAACGAUGUGUAAAAGACAUUUAAAUGAAUUUUUUUGGAUACACAUUUGAUGACCGUCCAAACUAUUGUAACAAAAAUUGGGAGGACUUAUCCCUUUUCUGAAAGAAACAGAAAAUCACAGUACUGUAGGGUUUUUUUCCUAAUCAACUUCCUUUCUUUGAAUCCUGCCAUACCAUAAAUCUGCUUGAUUUACAAAUUAUUCCAAAUACAUUGUAAACUCAGCUGAAUUUUUCUCUUGUUCUUUCUCACCAUUUAGAGGAGCACAUCCUCUAAAGGGACGCGGUGGCUCAGUAGCUAAGACACUGAGCUUGUUGAUCGAAAGGUUGCCUAGAUUAAAAACCCAAUAGUUAAAAAUAACAGCCCACAAAGCUGUUAUUGAUACAUUUGAUGAUGUAAAUGAUACAUUUCAAUCAUCCAAUCACAUCAACUUGACUGACUUCCUGGCCUGAAAACUUGGAAACAGCCAGGGUUACAGAACCUUAUGAAGGAACAGGACCAUCUGCAACAGGCACACUGUUCCACAAAGCCAACACUGCCAGAGAAGGCAUGAUUCCUGCGUCCAACAAGAUGACACCGUUUAGUUGAAGGCACCCAGAGCAUGUCCUCCUUUGCUAAAUCUGGUGAGGAAAGCCGAAACAGUGGGAGAACAGGGGAUUUCGUCAUCACUUCACAGUCUUUAUUGGAUUGUUUGGAACAUGUUUGUAUGUUUUACAAUGUAAUACACUUUUAGAAAUGUGAAGUUCUUAAAAAAAUAAAUUUUAAAGAU